CACGAUCAAAGGUCAACAUCAUCCUUGUUCCAAUCGAACCCACUCUGACCUUCAUACUGAUCAUAGUAGCAUAUCCUGUAAAUGUCAUCCUCUAUCGAACUCAUCAAUCCCAAAGCCGAGAGCGUCAGGCGGACGCAGGCGCUCCAGGUCAACACCAUGGGCGCCAUGGGUCUCGCCAACGUCGUCAAGAGCAACCUCGGUCCUCGAGGUACCAUCAAGAUGUUGGUAGACGGCGCUGGAGGAAUCAAGAUGACCAAGGACGGCAAGGUUCUCCUAUCCGAGAUGCAGAUCCAGAAUCCUACUGCCGCCAUGAUCGCACGGACGGCUGUGGCUCAGGACGAGCAAUGCGGGGACGGUACCACCUCGGUCGUCCUCCUCGUGGGAGAGUUGUUGAAGCAGGCCGAUAGGUACAUCUCUGAGGGCGUGCAUCCGAGGGUCAUCGGAGAGGGUUUCGACAUCGCCAAGAAGGAGGCGCUCAAGUUCCUGGACGAAUUCAAAAUCACGAGCGAGAUCGAUAGAUCAACCUUGAUCUCCGUCGCUCACACUUCCCUCUCUACCAAACUCCAUCCCGCCCUCGCAACCUCGCUCGCAACCUCUAUCGUCGAUGCCGUCCUUGCUAUCCAAGCUCCUCCCCCAGCGGCCGACGCCAAGGGGGUCGACGCUUUCCGUGAACCCAUCGACCUGCACAUGGUAGAGAUCAUGAAGAUGAUGCACAAGACGGAUACGGACAGCACGUUGAUUCGGGGUUUGGUGCUCGAUCACGGGGCGAGGCAUGCGGAUAUGCCGAAAAAGGUGGAAAACGCGUUUGUGCUCACGAUGAACGUGUCGUUGGAGUAUGAAAAGACCGAGGUCAACUCGGGUUUCUUCUACUCGACGGCGGAACAACGAGAAAAGCUCGUCGAAUCCGAGCGAAAAUUCAUCGACGACCGACUCCGAAAGAUCGUCGCUCUGAAGAACGAGGUCUGUGAUCAAGCUCUCGGGACAGACGGACAGCCGUCGGAUGGUUCCAAGAAGAGGGGAUUCGUUUUGAUCAACCAGAAGGGUAUCGACCCGAUGAGUCUGGACGUAUUGGCCAAGAACGGGAUCUUGGCAUUGAGGCGAGCAAAGAGGAGGAACAUGGAGAGGCUGCAAUACGCCUGCGGUGGUGUCGCACAAAACUCGGUAGACGACCUGAGCCCGGACAUUUUGGGUUACGCAGGACUCGUAUAUGAACACACGCUUGGAGAGGAAAAGUACACUUUCGUAGAAAAGGUCAAGGAGCCCAAGAGUGUCACGCUUCUGGUCAAGGGACCCAACAGCCAUACCAUCGCUCAGAUCACCGAUGCCAUCCGGGACGGUCUGCGAUCGGUCAAGAACGCCAUCGAAGACGAAUCCCUCAUCCCCGGCGCUGGAGCUUUCGAGGUCGCAUGCGCUCAGUACCUGAACGAAAAGGCCAAGCCCAAAGCCAAGGGCCGACAGAAGCUCGGAGUGGCCGCCUUCGCCGAGGCGCUGUUGAUCAUCCCGAAGACGCUCGCGGCCAACGGUGGUUUCGACGUCCAGGAUUCGAUCGUCGCUCUGCAGGAAGAGGCCGAGGAGGGUCACAUUGUCGGAUUGCACUUGAAGAGCGGAGAGCCGUUUGACCCUACCGUCGAGGGUGUCUGGGACAACUACAGAGUAAAGAGGCAGAUGAUGCACGGAUGCGCCGUCAUUGCUACCAACCUGCUCAACACGGAUGAGAUCUUGCGAGCAGGUCGAUCUUCGUUGAAGAGCGAUGGACCCGGACCUCAAUAGAUGCAGCAGCCGACUCGGUUCGACUGAAAAAUGUGAAUACAAAAACGAAACGAGAUCAACCCCCUUUCUCCGGGCUACUAGGUCUUUUCCCUUUCUCCGAUGACGAUGCUCCUUGCUCCGUGUAAACCCUCCUUGUCAUGACCAUUUUCACGAUGGAUAUCUAUAUCAUUCUCUCGACCCAAAGAUGACGUGUACUCGACGAGGUCACCGGAAGUAAAUUCAGCUUCCUAGGGCGCUAUGGC